CCCGGAUAUAUUAAUGUGUGGCACACGUCGUUACGUGGUGGAGCCAUGUGGAAGCCGUCGUGUGAUCGUCGUAGAGAAGUUGUUCAACGCGUUGUCGGUUGAAGUUUGUCCAUGAGCACAUGAACACAUAGUAUAGUGAGAGGAAGGUUUUGUUGAUGAACGGAGGUUCUCUACAUUUCUCUGAAUAAUGGGCAAGUCAAAGACUAAGAACCAGAAGAAAUCCAGAGCUCAAGCCAACCAUGUGGCCGAGGAGACAUACGGAGCUGUCCCCCACUCCUUCGUGUUUCAUCGGGGUCAGAUUGGAAAAAACGUGGGACAGCUGAUCCUGGACGUGCGCAGAGUCCUGGAGCCAUACACCGCAGAGUCUCUGAAGAUUAAGAAAAAGAAUGUGCUGAAAGAUUUUGUGGCUAUCGCAGGACCCCUUGGCGUGACGCACUUCAUGAUCUUCAGUAAGACUCCCAGCAGUGUCAACAUGAGACUUGCACGACUUCCCAAAGGUCCCACGCUCCAUUUCAGAGUGCAAAAGUACUCUCUCAUCAAAGAUGUGAUUUCAUCCCUGAAGAAGCACAGGAUGCACGAUCAGCAGUUCACCCAUCAUCCUCUGCUCAUUCUCAACAACUUUGGAUCAGAUGGCAUGCACGUCAAACUGAUGGCUACCAUGUUUCAGAACAUGUUCCCGUCCAUUAAUGUGCACAGGGUGAGCCUCAAUAAUAUCAAGAGGUGUGUGCUGCUGAAUUACAACCCAGAGUCCCAGGAAAUAGAAUUUCGGCAUUACAGCCUGAAAGUCGUCCCUGUUGGAAUGAGCCGUGGCGUCAAGAAGCUAAUGCAGGAAAGGUUCCCCAACAUGAGCAAGUUUGAUGACAUCAGUGAGCUGCUGAUGAAGGCGGCAAACCUUUCAGAGAGUGAAGCAGAGCAGGACGGGGAUCACAACAUUACCGAGCUCCCACAAGUCUAUUCUGGCCGAGGCAACAUGGCGUCCCAGCAGAGUGCUGUCCGUCUGACUGAGAUUGGCCCUCGCAUGACUCUGCAGCUCACGAAGAUACAAGAAGGCAUGGGAGAGGGGAAUAUCCUCUAUCACUCAAUCGUCUCAAAGACGGAGGAGGAAAUACAGGAGAUCCUGGACCGGAAGGAGGCGCAGCUGAGAGAGAAACAGGAGCGCCGGAAAAAGCAGGAGCACGAUGUCGCUCAGAAGAAAGAGAAGAAUGACGAGAACAAGAAAAAGAGCCUGGCAGGUAUUAAGAGGAAAAAUGCUGAGGCUGAAGAGGACAGCGAGGUGGAGGAUCCUGGCUUGCAGGAAGACCGGGCAUUCGCUGUUGAGUCUGACGAUGAGGUGGAGUACUACAGACAGGCUGUAGGACAGGAGCCAGAUGAAGACAUGUUUCCUAGUUCCAGAAAGAGACAGGGCUUUGACAAAACUCAUGGACCUGCCAAGAAGAGGAAGAUGUCCCCCGGUAAAUCACCAUGGAAGGAUAGAGAUGCCAAAUCUCCAAAAAGGAAUGGCCCGGGAGGAUCUCGGAGAGACGCUCAAGGAAAGGGAUGGAAGAAUUCCAGGGACGAGGAGAAAGCAUUUGGAAAGCAUAUGAAGUCGGGAGGAAAGGUGUUCAAAGGAAAGACAUUCGGUUCAAGGAAUUCUGGUGAUCGUGACAUGAAAUUUGGUGGCAAGAAGAAAUUUGAUGGGAAGAAAACAUUCGGGGGAAAUAAAAACAAGGACCGAUCAUUUCCAUCUAAAAGUCAGAAAGGUAAGCCAGGCUUCAAGAAGAAAGGCGCAGGAGGAAAGCAAGGCUUCAAACAGAGGAAGGGGAAAGUCUCUUUCUCACACUUUGUUUCCAGACAUCACACAGGAAAUGAACUGAACAACAUAAACUCUGAGGUUAUACUUCAUCGCACAGAGCACUGCAAGUCUGCCAUUUGGAUAUUGGACCGAAGAAACUGUGUAAAGCAGCAUCCUUCAGCUAAAAGCAACAUGGAGCAAAAUUUCUCUGCCUGUGAGAGCUUUCAGAUUGCCCUGCUGCCCGCAAUGUACAGCAUUGAGUUCAUUGUUGCCCUGGCCGGAAACCUAUUUGCAGUUUGGCUGUUGGUGGUCAGAGAGAGAAAGAACUGGCACACUGGAGUUGUCCUGUCUUGCAACCUGGCGAUCAGUGACCUGCUGUACGUCCUGACCUUGCCUCUGUUGAUCGUCUACUACUUCCUGGAGAAACACUGGCUGUUUGGUAACCCUGUGUGUAAGAUUGAGAAGUUUCUUUUCACUUGCAACCUGUAUGUGAGCACCUUCUUCAUCAUGGCAAUAAGUGUGAACCGGUGUGUGGCCCUUAUGUGGCCCUUCUUUACUAGAUCCCAUAUAAGGCCUUACCACGCCAAGGCUGUCAGUGUCGUCAUCUGGAUCCUUGUAGCACUUAUUUCCUGCCCUGUGUUGAAAUUUGCCUCUGUUUGCCCUACAAAAAACAGCACAUUGUGUGUGUCUUUCUGUACCCAGCCUGAAGUAGAUGAAACCCCUCAUGUCACUUACAAAAUGUUUCUUGCAGUUUUUGGGUGUCUUGUUCCCUUCUUGGUUACUUUCACUUCUUACUGUGUGGUUAUUUGGGUGGUGUGGAAAAAUGUCAGCAUAACCACACUGGAGAAACGCAAAGUAGCUUUGUUGGUCACAUCAGCUCUUGUGCUGUACACCAUUUCCUUUGUGCCUUACCAUGUCUUUCAAAACUAUCACUUGUAUCUGAAAAUCCAUUACCCCAACAACUUUGCCUGUUGGGUCUACAACAUGUACCAGGUGUCUAAGGGACUGGCUACUCUGAAUAUGUGUAUCCAUCCAAUCCUUUACAUGGCUUUGUUUGACAGUAUCAGAGUAGCUUGUUGUGGAAAGAGCCAAGAGGAAGACUACAAAGGAGGGAUAAGGAAGUAGAGCAACUUGUGGGCAGCUUUUCUGUAAAUAACAUAAUUAUGCCAUGAGAUAAUAAGCACAUCAUAUAGGAGAUAUUGCUUGAAUGUAUUGACUUGUUUUUGUAUUGUUGAAAGUUAUUAUGCUAACCUUGAAAUAUAAAAACAUUUUUAUUGAUA